AUGUCACCGACACUGAAUCAAGGAUCAUCAUCUGUGCCACCAGUUUCGUGCAUCUAUGCCGAGAGCAACAGAAGGGGUAUCCCAGGAGGCUAUGUCGGUGCACUUGAAGCCCGAUUGAUCGAGACCGAGAUCGCUCUGUGUAAUGCCAUAUGUGAGCUUAGAGGUAAUAGUCAAGCACACGGGUUUUCCAGCACUGUAUCAUAUUCCGUUCCAGAGGCAUUCCAGAGGCGCCAACAUGGCCAAGGAAACGAGAGGAAAGUUUUGAAGAUGGAAAAAUGGAAACGACUGCCUUUGAGUACGCCUGAGGAUGUCCAGAAUUGGUGGGUCGCUCUGAGAGCUGAGAACGGGAUAACGGACCAGAUAGAGGAACAUCAAGACAUUCUAGAUAUGAAAGAUAAAGAAAUGCCCCAAGCGACCACUCCUGGGCAGAUGUCUUACAGAUCUGAAAGCGGGGUGGCUGAGGAUACUAACAUGAAUUUGGUGCCGAUUGAUGGUCUCCACUCUCGAACAUCAACAGAGCAACUCCGUGAUCCACAAAUGGCUGGCCAAGAUACCAGUCGAAUAGAGCCCAUGUCUUACGGAGGUUAUGACACUGCACAUCAUAACGUGAGUGAUCGUUCCUGGGAUGCAAACACCAUAUCGCAGGGACAGGGACAGAUGUCAUCGAAUCAACAAAACAAUGGUGGAGGAAGCGAGGAGGAAAAUCGUCCACAGAAACUGGCUUCUAUGAUGAGUCAUUUGUACUAUUGA